GCACGCCUGUCCCCACCGCAACUCACCCACGUUCGCUAUCCCGCCGCCCCCAGGGCUCGUCGUGUGUUUACUUCGCUUCUUUCGCUAAUUCUUGUAUUUUCCACGUACACGUAAUAAUGGCUGGUCCCGGUGGUGGUCCUCCUCGUCGGAGCCACACCAAGUCCCGAAAGGGAUGCGACACUUGCAAGCGCCGCCACAUCAGGUGUGACGAGAACUUCCCCCAGUGCCGCAACUGCACCAAGCACAAGAUCCGCUGCCCGUACAACGAUGUCCCUGUCCCUGAGGAUCGGGCCGGCUCGCCCGAUAAGCCCGACCUCAUGUGGACUCCGGAGAUCGAGGCUACCAUCGAUGAGUGGCGCCGCACUGGAAUGUUCCCGUUCCCCAGUCUCGGCAUCUACCCGGCGCCCGCGCCCGAGUCCUUGUCAGUGGAAGACCUGCGGUUGAUCCAUCAUGUUGCUUCCAUCAGCAACCAGAUGCAGGAGCUCGACGCCAUUGACUUCACCCUCUGGACACGGCAGAUCCCUAUAAUCAUCAAGAUCGGCGCGACCCACCGCUAUGUCUUGCAUGCUCUGCUGGCGUUUUCCGCCAUGCACUUGGCGUACCUCACUGGCUGCCCGGCUGUCGGCAACAUGGCCUACGAGCAUCGCGGCGUUGCCUUAAAGGGUCUUCAGGAAGCCAUCGGUGCCUUCUCUCGCGAAACCUCUGACGCGAUUCUUGCUGCGUCCCUUGUGCUCUCGUGGCAAGCCACCGAUUGGCGGAGCUGGACCCAACUCAUGCAAGGCACCUCAUCUGUCAUCGAGGCCAUGGAUCCGUGGAAACACGAGUCCCAGUUCGGUGACUUCAUUGCCGAAAGCAGCACUUUUCCGACUGCUCCGCCGUCGCCGAGGCCGGAUCACCAGCCCAGCCAGCCGCGCGAGGAUGAUCUGGAAGCCUUCCAGCGCGCCCUGCAGCAGCUUCAGAAGCUCGAGAGCUUCCUGAAGAAGAGCCGCGAGGACACAAAGCCCGUUGCCCAGCUCAUCACUUUCCUGAAGGGCUCCCGCAAGGUUACCUCGUCGCUGUCGGUGGCCCAGCAGUUCGACCGGCUGAAGCCUCUGCGCACCUGGCUCUUCUGGCUGCCCGUCAUGUACCUGCAGCGGAAUGGUGCAUCGCCAAGCGCCCUGGUGGUGAUCGCCCACUACUACACGGCCGCCCUGCUGAUGGAACGUCUCUUCCCCGAGAUCGGUGCCGCUUACUUCGGAAGCAUGACCAUCGGCCCCGUCGAGGAGAUCGCUCGCCGUCUCUAUGCCAUCCGCAACGCCGGCCACCUGCAGGGCGACCUCCAGACCCCGCUCAACCUGAUGGAGUUCCCCAUCGAGACGGUCAACGAGUUCCGCUCGCGGAUGGGAUGGGUCCAACCCGUGCGCACGCCCUCGUUCCCCCAGUUCGACACGCCUAGCGUGUACGUGGGCGAGGGCUCGCCGCUGAUGAUGUCGGCGUCGGCGAACGUGUCCGCAGAGUACCUGCCCUACGGAGACAACGUCGCCUUCAGCUACAGCACCGAGGAUCUGUCCGUCAUACCGGAGUCUGGCCCGAGCAGCGCCAUCAGCCCGCUCCAGCUGUCGUCGCCAUAUGUCGACCCGCACUACCUGAACAUACCCAGCCCGUCGUACGGCGGAUACAGCCCUGCGUCGAGCACCUAUGGCGGCGACUUUGGCGACGGCUCUCCUAUCGUCUACAGCGAUGCUGAAGACACGGUCUCGUACGGCGUCGACUACAACUACUCGGCCACUUCACCUAUGCUGGGCGGUGCCAACACGUAUGGCGUCGGGCCCUCCCAUCUCAGCACCAGUCCGGACUAUCCGCCUCCUGAGGAUCUCCACUCCUGGCUGCCCGCGCAACACCAAUCCUUUGCGCCUUCGCCGUUCUUGAGUCCGGCGCAAACUUUGCUCCCGGUUCCUGAGUCGCCGGGUUCCCGACCUGUUUCCCUGGCGACCCAGGAGGAGAACAGGCUGGCUCCUAGUGAUGUGCUCUCGGCGCCGCCAAGCCCCCGGGACAAGGGCAAGGGCAAAAGCGAGUAGCCAACUGCGCGCCUCCAUCACCUCUGGUUACGACUUUUACGACCUGUUUCUCAUUUCUUUCUCCUCGAGCUCCGGAGCGGCUUGCGGUUCCCUACACCUCAACACAGACGCAAUUGUACACUACCCUCCUUUCAGCGAUCAGCAGCGGCCCACCGACUACGGCAGCAGCGAACUCCACGGCAUUGCCAUGCGUGUUACACUCCUUUCCAACGCCUGCGAUGAUUUUACACAUCUAAUC